ACAACAGCUACCUGGCACCCCUUUGAAAAUGGUACAUUCCACUCGUCAAAGUCCAAAACAGAAAUGGCACAUGAGAACUGCUCGUAGCGAAAACGAAACCUAACCACGGUGUGUCCGACACUGAUAGCUGAGCGGCUGCAGUGACACGAACUGUUACCCCCCCUCGUCGACAUUCAGGCAUGGCACUGCAAAUAUCAGCCCUCUUUUCAUAUCUCAGAGCCCCUCUCGGCCCUGGCCCUCUGUCCCGAGUCUGUGCCGACUUCCAGGGACCCGGUGUCAGGUUCAAGCACAUGUUCUCCCACCUGGGAGGGAACCAGGCAACAAGUCCCGUCCGCGGCCAUAUUAAAGCUGCCCUCCGAGCUGAGAAGUUUUCCACAACAACUGCAACUGCAAUUUGGAAGUCCAGCCAGGUUAAGGGUUCCUCCUCACCCCGGGGGACGAGAGGUUGGCUGGGUAAGGUGGCCCUCGGUGCCGCCCUCGGAGUGAGCACAGUCGCGCUUGUCCAGUCUCUCCACACCGGAACAGUUACCGCCAUGGCCGGCAAAGUUAACCUGAACUCCGCUGAGGGAGACUGGAAGAAAACCAAGGACAACUUGCUGUCUCUUUCUGUGAAGGAUAGGCGUCAGCACUACAGCACAGCUAACUUUGUGCCACUGGAAGCCGUCUCUGUGUGGACUCCCACUGCAGGCAGCUCUGAACAAACUCUCUGCCAGAGGAAUGAGAAGUUGGACCAAAAGAUUUCCCUCUACAGCGGUGACAUCACCAAGCUGGAGGUAGAUGCUAUUGUCAAUGCAGCGAACAAGACUCUGCUCGGUGGAGGGGGAGUGGACGGAGCGAUCCACCGCGCUGCAGGUCCAAUGCUCAAGAAGGAAUGUGCUUCCCUCCACGGCUGUGAGACCGGAGAGGCCAAGAUCACUUGUGGCUACCGCCUCCCAGCAAAGUAUGUGAUCCACACCGUGGGGCCGAUUGCACAAGGAGGAGUGGGAGAGGAGGAGAAGAAAGCCUUGAGGUCGUGUUACAAGAACAGCCUGACAACAGCUACCAAAAACGCUGCACGCUCUGUGGCCUUCCCCUGCAUCUCCACUGGAGUCUACGGAUAUCCACCGGAGCAGGCGGUGCAUGAGGCGUUAGCAACUGUGAGGGAGUAUCUGGAUGAACAUCAUGACAAGCUGGACAGAGUCAUCUUCUGUGUGUUCUUGCCUACGGAUAAGGAGCUGUAUUUGCAGACCCUCCCCCUCUACUUCCCUGCUGUACCGCCCCUUUAGCCUGACCAAUGACAGCAGCUUAUUGUUCAGCACCAACGGAGGCCACAGUCAAGAGUAAACUCUGAGAGAGUGGAUUGGUCCGAUUUGGUUGCUGUGGAUACACACCGCCAGGCUCAACAUUAAGAUUCCUCCUCCUUGUUGUUGUAGCGGAUCGAGUCCGUUUUCAGCAGGAAGAUAACUCCUUAAUGGAAAAUGUUUUUUUUUGAAGUGCAUGCUGGCUCUUCUGCAGAUGUCGAUUAGUUUCUCUCUUCUUCCCACUAAUGGUUUAGAGUUGUGUCGUGAUGAAAGGUGUGAAAUGAUAUUGAUAAUUCUUAUGAAAUAUUUGACAUUAAGCUGCACUCUAACUUGACCUUUAUUGUCUGUGAUCAGCUUUGCAUCAAGCUAUGAGUUAUGUGUCCUGAGCUUUUUGAAUAUUGGUAUUGGUAUUCCAGUGUGUGUGUGUGUGUGUGUACCUGUGUUGAGACAAUAACAAAAGCUUAUUAAAAUGAAUCA